AAAUUGAGUAUGGAAAACUGGUCUUGCAAUAUCUAUAGGCAUUACGGUCUGACAGUCCACUGUUAAAAGGUAAAGUGGGAUUUACGGGUAUUUCCUCGUAAUCUGCAAGAACUUGCUUGCGUGGUUUGGCGGGUAUCGAGCAAAUACCGUGACCUCAAAAAUAUUCCACAAACAGCAGGGAUUGUUGUUGAUAAAAGUGGCUUUGUUUWUAACUACAGCAAGCUACAAAUAACGCUGUUUGGKUCUUGCAGUCAGCAUAGCCAUGGUCGUCUUUCUGGUSAUUGUAAUUGUGUGUCUGGUAAACUGCCYCAGCUUUACUUCAUSCUCCAACUCCACAACRAUWAUAUCAGUCGAACCUGAAGCUGAACGACAAUAUUUUAACUACUUUCGACAUUAUAAUGUGGAAAGUCCUUUAAAAGACUAUCUUUCUUCUCCUAGACAAGUAUACAUCAUUUCCAAAGCUGCAGAAUUUGCUGUCAAUCAUUAUAAAAAUGGUCGAUUUAGUCUGCGCGGACUAYUAUCAAUCCAGAACCACGACAAAUUAUACAAACUUAGARCUCUUUUACAUGACAAGAGAACAGCRAAACUCAAAGAAAAAGUGUUUGAAGUAAUUAUCGCAGAGCGUCGAGAUGGCAAGUAUGUGGUUCAAACUGAUGUGGCAAAAGAUAAGCGAUCUUCACUUGAUGAAAAUCAAAAUGCAACCUGUGAUAAACUAAGUACAUUAGCRAACUGUUCCAGUUGUGGAUUUAAUGGCAUAUGCCACAAAGGUGCAUCGCAUCUCUCUCCUUGGUUAUCAUUUGCGCUCAAGACUCAGCGAGCUYUACAAGUGAAUAUAUCGUUCAUCAAAGUUCAAAUGUUGGCUGCGCAUAAUGCGUUUAACGAUCGAGCUGACGGCUAUGGCAUUGCUGAUGACUGUCCCUGGCCYCCACCAUACAAAACWGARUGCAUUGACCUUGCCAAUCAAGAAUUUAGCUUUACUGAUCAGCUCAACAUGGGAAUAAGAGCCAUAGAAAUAGACCCAUGGUGGUGUUUCGGGAAAAUAAGGAUGAGCCACGCCCAUGAYUACGCCUACUUAGGRUGUGGCCCUUGGGACAGAGAAUUUAAAGACGGUAUUCAAGAAAUUGCUGAGUGGAAAAAACGUCCAGAAAACAGCCAUGAAAUCAUUCGCUUGUAUUUAGAAGACGGAGAAAGCCACACUCGUGGUCACGACGACUUAGUCAAUGGACCAAUAGGAGAGCACUUUGGUGACAUGGUCUUAACACCACGUGAUCUUAAGGAGCAUUUUGGCGGGAAAUGGCCGACACCUUUUCAAAUGAAUCAGUUAGGCAAAACUGUGGUGAUUUCUGUAGSAAAYGARUACAAUCAUCAAGGAAAGUUUAUUCACAMAGGAUAUUGGCRUGAAAUAACAACAAAGAACUUCCAGUCCUAYAGUGGAUGCGAAGCUAUGACGCACGUAAAGAGCCCCGUACGUGUGUACAGUGAUAGUACAAAAUAUGGUCCCUUUUGGAACGGACCAUCAAAAACAGGGACCGUUAUGAAYUAUAUGGAUUAUUUGAAAUGUGGYGUCRUUUAUCCUGCCGCUGACCAAGUGAAUCCACAGUUAAUCAACACAGCGGUAUUCACAUGGGCUGAAAAAGARCCCCGAGURCGCCUUUCUCWGGAUACCUGUGUUAUUGUUAGCGCAAAGGACAAGCGAUGGUAUGUUGAGCCGUGCGAAUCAUUUAAAGCGUUUGCUUGUAGAAGUAAAGACRGYAAUCGAUGGGUUGUUAGCACUGAGAUUGCACCCUAUUCUAAYGUUAUGUGUCCUGAAGGAUUCCAGUUUAGCAUACCACACAAUGCAYAUGAMCAUUAUAAGUUAUCAGAUGAAUUGACUGAUCAAGAUGUCUGGGUUGAUUUUACACCGUACGCUACAUGGUUAGUUGAUCAUUGAAAGCGAGAUUCCUGUGGAAAAAUGAAGAAUAAUUCCUUGAAUUAUUAUAUACACAUGACAUAACAAUAUAUCUAGUACGAAGAUAUAAAUGCUAAACUGAUAUCAUGGACAUUAAUUUUUAUAUGGAACAUUCAGCGCUGCUUGAUGGGGUGUACAAUGGAGACGCGCUAACAUCAGAAAGAAAACAUUACUGAUUUUCCACAAUAUAAGAUUGAUAUAUCGAUCAAAAAAAUAUUAAUAAAAUUAGCCUUCUAUCACCUUUUUUGUAACGACAAAGAAUCCAGUUCGGAUUUGCUAAGGCAAUGAAAAGUUGAUAGUCUGACUUAUAAGACUUGUUUUUUUUUAACAUACGAUUUGUGUAUUCUUUUAGAUUCUGCAAUUGUAAUUGGAUGAAUUUUUGCAAUAAAAAGACUAAAUUCCUUUUAA